GGACGGCGUGGCGGUCCGUGGUGACGUGACGUACUGGUUUCUGCUGCUUUGGGCCGCAGUUUGUUCAGGAGGACUCAUAUAUCCCAAACUACGACUCUUUCCAACAGAGCACCAGCUGUCGUCGGAUAAACAUCCUUAAAAAUGGGCAACUGUCAACCCACAAUUGUGCCCUACGAGGAGUUUGAUGUCGUAGCAGACAUCAAGGCCAUUCGGAAAGCCUGCAAAGGCUUUGGAACUGAUGAACAGGCCAUCAUUGACAUCCUGGCAAACCGCAGCUCAUAUCAGCGUCAGGAAAUUAAACAGGCCUAUUUUGAUAAAUACGAUGAUGAGUUAGUGGAUGUGUUGAAGAGCGAGUUGUCGGGGAGCUUUGAGAAGGCUAUCCUCGCCAUGCUGGACCCGCCCGUCAUCUACGCUGUGAAGGAGCUGAGGAAGGCCAUGAAGGGAGCGGGCACAGAUGAAGACGUCCUGGUGGAGAUCCUCUGCACCGCCACCAACGCCGACAUCGCCUUGUUCAAGGAAUGCUACUUUCAAGUGCAUGAACGUGAUCUUGAAGCAGACAUUGAGGGAGAUACAAGCGGGGAUGUAAGAAACCUGCUCAUGGCUCUUUUGCAGGGCAACAGAGAUGAGAGUUACGAGGUGGAUGAGGAUCUGGCUGAACAAGACGCUACCGCUCUGUUUGAGGCCGGUGAGGGUUGUUUUGGCACAGAUGAGUCCACUUUCACCCACAUCCUGGCCACCAGAAAUUACCUGCAGCUCCAGGCCACCUUCAAGAUAUAUGAGCAGCUCUCUGGGACUGAAAUCCUAGAUGCCAUCGAGAAUGAGACUUCUGGGACGCUAAAAAAAUGCUACAUUGCUCUUGUGAGAGUUGCGAAGAACCCUCAGCUCUACUUUGCCCGACGUCUGAACAAAGCCAAAGGAGCGGGCACCGACGAGGACACCCUCAUUCGCAUCAUUGUGUGUCGCUCUGAGUACGAUCUGGAGACCAUCAAGGACAUGUAUCUGGAGAAGUACGACGUGCCUCUGAAGGACGCCCUGAAGGACGAGUGCAGCGGCGACUUUAAACGCCUCCUCGUGGCCAUCUGCCACUAAACAUCGGAGGGUUUCAGCAGAGCGGACGUGGGCGAAAGAGGCACGGACAGCAGAGAAUUUAUACUGAGGGCGCUGCUGUUUUUUGUCUAACAAACUAAUACUACUCCGUGUAACAUUAUGUCGGGAGCAGGAGGGUGAUAAAAUAAUUAACCUGGCAUGUCUUGUCCAAGUUACUGUGAAUUUGAAUGCCUCUCCUUUUUAACUUAUUCCACAGACAUUAGUUACAAAAUCCCCGUUGAACUGGAUUUGCUCAUCUGUCUGUGAAACUACCGUUUCGGUCAAUUACUGCCCAUUUCUUAGUCGAUUUUAUGCGCCAGUUCUUAAAUCCUUUACCAGCAUUUAUACAGUGGUGAAGCAAGUUUUAGUCACUGUAAACAAGCACCAAGAUUUAUACAUUUCCAACGCUCACAGGAGCCAACUGAUGUCACACUGAUUCAUUUACACUGAGUGUGAUUUGAUCAGGUGGUUUGAGGCUCGAGAGGAUAAUCUCAUUGUAAACAUGAGACAUUUUUGUACACUGGGAAAGCUAUGGCCUCAGUAUGCCUUUCUGCUGCUGCAUUUACUGAUAUAUUGAGACAAUACAUGUUACAUCAUUAUCUUUAUAUACUGUUUAAUCAAAUAAUUCAUGUUUGAUUUUAUUUUUUCCAGGGCUAUCUUUCACCCUCCAUGCCCCCAAACACAGUGACUGUUGUACUUCACUGCUGUUAAAACUAAUGCAAUCACUCCAUAUGGCUUGAAGUUUGUGCUUAUAAGUGAAGAAAUGUGCAAGUUUGUGAUGAAUGAAAAUUAGUUUGUGUCAUGAAGGAAAUGCAAAGUUAUGUGAAAUGGCAUUUUAUACAUGUUCCUGAUUCGCUGAAGAGAAUAUAUAUUUGAUCAGCUGCUUAUUGAGAAGAAACUAUAUAUUGAUUUACAGUAUGUUGCAUUUUUCUUCUUAACUACAACUAGAAAAACGUGACAAAUCCAAAUACACCUCACCUUGUUAUACCUUUUUUUUUUUUUGUAUUUCACGACUAACACAGUAGAGUGUUUAAUAGAUAACAUUAUUUAGUUUACUGUUUUAGGUAGGCCAGAGGGUAUAUGAGAAGAAACAUUUAACAUCUGGACAGUUUGAUGUCUCUAACAGUGUGUCUCAACAUGGCAGCUGAGAUUUGUUAAAAUUACCACUACUGUAAACAUUUUGCAACAAGCUGAGUAAAAACUCAACUGAACUGCAGUUACAUGAGAUAGUUACAACGUGAAGGACGUCUCUUGGGUUUGUGGGACAAGUGUUUGCCUCUCUAUAGCCAAAGAAUUUAACUAACUUCAAAUAAAGUUCCCUGUAACGUCA